CCUCUCUCUCAUUAUCAAAGAGCUGAGAGGAGAGGAGGAGAGAUCCUAAGGCUUCCUCGCUUUCUUCUGAGACAUUUACCAGGCGUUUAUGGAGCCUGCUGGUCUGGAAAAUGAAGAUCUCCUCACUGGUCACAGUUCUCCUGACUAGAACCUUCUUUACAGAUGUCUGCUCUGCCAUCAACGUCACGGUAAGCCCCGCCCCCUUCACGGUGGCCGAGGAGGGUGAGAACGUCACGCUGGUCUGCGUGGUCUCCCAGCAGCGCCGAGCCAGCUCCCUGCCUGUGGUCCGCUGGACCUUUCUCCCCGCCGGCGCCGACCGCGAGGACCAGGAGCUGCUGAUCGCCCGCGUCAACAUGCGCAAGGCCCGUUUCUAUGGCAACUACACCAAGAGCUUCCCGUGGCCCAAGCUGCGGCUGACCGUGGUCAAGCAGGGCAAGAUCUUCGAGCUGGUGAUCCUCAACGUGUCCGAGCAAGACCGCGGGCUCUACAUGUGCCGGGUCCAGGAGUUCAAGAAGCACCAUACCCGCUUGAAGGCCUCCACCAACUCCACGGCCGCCACGGAGCUCAGAGUGCAUGUCCUCCCAAUCACAAAGGCCAAGGAGAGCCUGUGGAGCUUGUUUCAAGAUGUCUACCUGUGUGCUGUCCUGAUCUGCUCAGUGGGGCUGGUGUGUAUGUGUAUGUUCACUGUCACAGUGACCUGCCAGUACAUACAGAGGAAGCAGAGGUUAAAAGACAGUUACCAUUUGGUCAAGAGUCCUCAGAACAGUUCGGGGGAGACCGUCACCAGUGUGACUUCUGUGUCUCCUGCUCUGCCCAAGAAAGAGAGGAGAUACAGGAAGAGGAGGCUCAGGGAACAGCAGGAGAUACCUCCAGAGAUACCAGCAAAAGUGCCCAUUGCAGACAAACUAAGGAAACCCAAACUCUUAAAGGCCCAGCCCCGAAAAGUGGUCCUGCCAAAGAUAGCUGAGGAGAGCUUGACCUAUGCAGAGCUGGAGUUGGUCAAGCCUCUACCAGACAACAAAACAGCCUGUACAGGAACUGUCUAUGCUCAAAUCCUCUUUGAGGAGAGGCAGGUGUGAACAUACACACACACACACCUACACACACCACUAGCACCGUGCUUAUAUGUAUGUUGUAUAGAUAUAUGUACAAAAGUGUCUAUUUAUAUCCAGUCCAUUAUUAUUUUAUGUUGAGUCAAUGAUUCUGUGACGGACAUUUCACAAAGCCCAAAAUGAAAUUAGAUAAUUUGUCAAAUGUUUUGUUUAUGCAAACGUGUCGGAUUGUACUUAUGAUUUUACUGCACAAGAUACAUAAUAUGUUCUUGCUACCUUUCAAAAGCAACAGCCUGCCCCUCAGUAGUCUUGUGUGUAUAGUCUGUCAUGUUCUCGGCUACAGUACAGAAUACUGUCUUACUUCUGCAUCUAUGAAGGGUGACAUUAAGGCAACAAUUAUCCUCAUUGCCACCCUGGGUAGAUAAGGUCCUGUCAUCUUGUGAAAGCUUUGAUCUGGGGCCAACAGCAACAAGCAUCGGUCCACACAGCUGCCUCGCAGAGCCAGUGGCUGAGACUGAACAAGGUUACAAAAUGAAGGAGUGUUACAAAGCUAAGUAGCAACCGUCCGAACGUUUGAGAACCACAAUGUCUUUGCUGACCUUGUUAUGUGUGAGAACAUUACUUCCUAGUCAUGGGUGAUAUGGCUUGAGGUUUGGACUAGAGUACCUUAACAACCUCACAUCUGAGAUGAGGUAUGGCCUCCUGACUUUAAAAUGUGUGUAAAAUUGCCCUGUUUAACGGCCGUGGAUUCGACACAUGGAAAAGUGUGGGGAAUCAAAACCGCUCAAGGUAUUUUUUUUUUUCUCUCAUAGCAGGCUCAAACUCCAGACACACCGGCACAGUGCUAUACCCUUCCCCCACCCUAUCUCACUAUCAUAUGUGAAGAUCUGGGUUUUGAUCAUUCCAAAAGAAUUGUACUGAAAUGCAUUGAAAGUUCUUAAUAAUGGGGGUAAAAAUGACUUUUCCUUCACGUAUGACUGCAGGCAUGCCUGCUUCUGUAACAACUGAAGCGACAUCAGGGAUGAAAGAAAUGUCCCAAACUUUCUUAAACUGUGAAAAUUAAAGUCUCCUCCCGACCACAGAGCAACUUAAUGGGAGGCUGCUGCACGGGCCGCUAACAAGAAACAUCUGUGUGAACUCUGGCACUCCUCUCUCUCUCUUUCUCUCUCUUUCCACUCUCUCUUUUUCCUCUCUCUCGUCUCCCUCUUGCGCUCCUCUCUCUUUCUAUCUCUCCCUCUUUCUUUACUCUUUCUAGUCGGUCUCCUCGCUCUCCUCGCAGUCUAUCGUCCACUCCCUCUCCUCUCUUUCUCUCUCUCCUCUCCAUCUCUCUCCUCUCUCUCUCUUUCCUCUUUAUUAGUCUGUUUUUCUCCUGUCUCUUUCCUCUUUCUAUCUUUCUCUCUCUCUCUUCCUCUCUCUCCCUAUUUCCUCUCUUCUGUCAGUUGAACCCAACCCAGCAUAGACGAGGCAGCAGACCUCCCCACUCCCCAAAAGGUAGCAGACCCAUUCAGGACAUUGUCAUCUGGCAGAGUCAGACAUCCCAAAAUGACAUAUGGAAGAGAAUGAAUCAACAUGCAGUCUGUAGAAUCAGACUUAGUGUUGGUGCUCCCUCUGCUGUCAUGUUUUGGCAUGACACUGUGAAACAUUACAAAACAUGUCUGAAGCCUGUUGCCCAUUGUUGUAAAAAAGGUCAAAGACAUUCUGAUACUUUAAAGUGUACCCUGUAAAGAUUUUAUAAUAACUACAUUUUAAAGGUAAAAUAAUUAUGUAUCUGUAUUAGAAUCUGAAAGAUAAUUAUUUUGGCACUGAUCACAUGUUUUUUUUGUUUUGUCUUAUUCUUGUUUUUCAGUUUUUUAUAAUUGAAAUAUCACUAUUGGAAAUGUAUUAUAGUAAUGCUUUUUAUCCACGUAAAGACAUUUGAAAUUCAGGAUAUGUCUUGUUUGUUAUACUGUAUGUGAACAAAAUACAUUGACUGUGUAUGUUAAUUUGAAAGACUAUUGUAAUGAUCUUGAUCAAAUGUUCAAUAAAAAGAACACAUCUUGAAUCCCA